GCCCUUGACUGACCCACGUGAGUCGCUCCGCUUCCUCCCGACGCGCAUGUUGAACCGGUAACUCGGGGAAGCUCACCAGACCUCAACCCGCCCGGUUCUCCGCGUGUCCCGGCCCCGAAUCCCCUCCACCACCACCACCACCACCACCACCACCAUGUCCCGGAGCAGCCGGUCCCUGAUGCGCCUGGUGCGGCGCUGCGUCGCAGUCAGCGAGGCGACGUUGCCCGCGGGUGCCGCGGCAGCCAGAGGCGCCAUCGUCCCGCAGCGAACCUGGACAUCAUCGACCCGCGCGGCGCUGCCGAGACUCGGCCUGCUCCGCCCCGCGGCGGGGGGAACCGGCCGGCUGGGCCUCUGCACCAAGGCCGGAGCGCCGUCCCAGGAUGAAAAUCCACCGCUGCCGUCCCAAGACGAAAAUCCACCGCUGCCGUCCCAGGAUGAAAAUCCACCGCUGCAGCACGAGGAUAAAAAUCCACCGCUUCAGCCCGAGGAUGAAAAUCCACCACUGCAGCCCGAGGAUGAAAAUCCACCGCUGCAGCCCGAGGAUGAAAAUCCACCACUGCAGCCCGAGGAUGAAAAUCCACCACUGCAGCCCGAGGAUGAAUAUCCACCGCUGCCAUCCUACCAGUCCGACCUGGAGCCAGAGAAGGAGUUGUACAUCGUGCAGGUCAAAGGUCUCCCCUGGACGACCACGGCUGAGGAUCUCCUGCAGUUCUUCUCCGAGUGCAGGAUCUGUGACGGGAGGAACGGGAUCCACCUCACCAAGAACAGACAGGGGAAGCCGUCGGGACGAGCCUACAUCGAGAUGGAGCACGAAUCCGACGUGGUCAGAGCUCUGGAGAAGCACCGGCAGUACCUCGGCUCGCGAUACGUGGAAGUGUACGAAGUGACCAACAGCGACGCUGAAAUCAUCCUGCAGAAGGUCGUCCAGGCUCCGGCCGUGUGUGGGGUGGUGCGGCUCCGAGGCCUCCCCUUCCUUUCCACCGAGCGAGACAUCGUCCAGUUCUUUUCAGGUCUGGAUAUCGCGGAGAACGGCAUCACCAUCGUCACAGACCACAAAGGGAGAAACUCUGGCGAGGCCUUUGUGCAGUUUUGCUCCCAGGAAGCAGCGUUCGCAGCUCUGCAGAGAGACAAGGAGCACAUAGGGAGACGAUUCAUCGAGGUGUUUCCCAGCAGAAUUGAGGAGAUUCACCCGCACUGGAAGAAGAAGGCGCCGAUAGAUGGGGCCUCUGAUCCGGCGAACAGGAUGUUCUCCGCCUCACGGACCAACACCAGAACAGGAUCCCCGUUGAGCUCGGGGGAGCAGAUUCAUUACGUCCACAUGAGAGGUCUUCCUUUCCAGGUGUCCCUAGAAGACAUUGUGCAGUUCUUCUCUCCUCUAAUCGUGUCUAAGAUCCUGGUUGAAUGCCAGGCCGACGGGAGGCCGAAGGGCGAGUGCGACGUUUACUUCUCCAGCCACCGGGACGCCGCGGCCGCCAUGUCCAGAGACAAACAGUACAUAGGAGAAAGAUACAUUGAGUUAUUCCUGAACUCAACAACAGACUCCGAUUGGAGGUGAACGUCGACACUUCGAUGCCCCAACACGAAACCAACAACAGGGAGAUUGUAUUUAUUUUCCAGCCCGACUCUGAAUCUCAAACAAAUAAACAGACCUGGUGUCAAAGAAAGAAAAGAAAAA